GUUGUUGCGCCGCGAGCUCGCAUCAGCUAUGCGGUGUCAUCCACGGACUGCCGGCAAGUUCUACUACGUGGGCGCGGUGUUGGGCUGCACCGCCGAGGACGCCCACGAGGCAGCCCUGGAGGCAGACACGGCGGCGGCUCGGGCGCGCAGCUUCGAGGCACAACGCCGCGCUGGGACCCCGUCCGCAACCUCAGCCGGCACAGCAGCACCCAUGCGCUCUGGCGCGCUCCCAGCCUCCGCCGCCAUCUCCACCUCCCUGCCAUCUUCACGUCCGGGCCCGCCGAGCAGCAGCAGUGGCUGGCAGCAGCGCAGCCUCAGCGGCAUCGCUGCUUCCAGCUGGGGCGGCGGCGCUGCUGGCGGCGGCGGUAGCGCCAGUGCAGGCAGACGGUACAUUAUGCCCUCCAGGAAGAGCCUCGUGUAUGCGACGCGGGGGCGGGCGCUGCACCAACUGAUGCCGCACGGUGUGACGCGGCAGCUGGCCGGCAACGACGAGCCGCUCGCGUCCGCCGCCGCCGCCAACAGCGCCGCCGCGGCCGCCUCUGCAAACGACUCAGCCUCUGAUGACCCGGACUCUGCGGUGGCGAUGUCGAGUGGCGGCGGCGGCGGCGGCGGCCGCGGCGCGGGGCGGGGCGUGCCGCAGGAGGAGGAGCUGCGGUAUGGAAUGGGCGCGGGCGGCGGAAUGGACGCGGGCGUGAACCCGUGCCUCAUGUGGCCGGGCGCGUGCUCCUUUAUGCCCUUCACGAACAUCCAGGCGGUGGCCGCAGACCCAUGGUUUCGGCGCGCGUGGGUGCGGACAGGGUAGGCAAGGCAAUGCAUGCGAUAUCCGUAACGGCAGGAAGGUCUGGUACUGGUGUGGCGGCACUGCUGAUGACAACCAUUCCAUGCGACAGUUUGUUGAGUUCGUUCAGUGCUAACAGCAAUUGCCUAUUGAUACUGUCACAAAUUACGUGGUAUCAUACAACGGUCCGGGGCACAUAGCGCUAGUGGUCAAAGGGAAGCAAGGUGACAAGGAGUGUUCUGGACAUGCAGGUUGGAGGUGUUGACUUGAUUUGAGCAUCUUGUGUAGCGUGCACAAGUUGCGGCAGAUAGGGGCUGUAGUGUUAACUGUUGCAUGCUAGCUGAGUGGCUGUGCAAAAGAAUAAGGCCAGAAGCGGGUAAGGAGGCCAGCCAGGACAUAGUUGUGCCGCGCCAUGGUCUUCUCAAAGUUGUUUUACUCAUUGGCAGGAAGAUUGGUUGUCUGCACCACUGUAGUAGUCUGAUGUUCAUGCCUAGGUGCUUGAGGAGGUGCUGCUGGCCAAAGCGGGGGACGGAAUGGGGCGACAGGUGCCUCCUCCUAGCGU